CAGCACGCCCCGCGCCGUUCCCGCGUGGAACCGAGACCGGGACGCGCUUCUAAGAGACUUCAACGCGCCGCCCAUCGUGUUCUCCAGUGAUUUCUCUCUCGUGUGAUCGCGCCGCCGAGUCGAUUUCGCUCGGUUAGGAACCUCCGAGAGGGGGAUCCGUCAUCGAGACGCCGAGUGUGCUCCGAAAAUAGUGAUGCUCCGAGAUGGGAAAGUCAUGAGGGAUCAUCAGCGAUCCGCGAACUUGUUCUCGCGGCUGUCACUCGCGCUCGAUCGGAUCCGAGACAAGGAGUUUGAGAUCGCGUUGUCGGAUUUUCCUGGUCACCUCUGCAUCGCGCGUCGCAUGCGUGUCGCGCAUUGAAACGUUAAUCCUCGUGCUGUACUACCGGUUAUACAUACUGAUUGGUUCCCAUCCCCCCGGGGACCGAUACUCUCUUAUUCAUCGUCCGUCUCUUUCUCCCUCUAGCCUUUGCGAUCCUGGCGUCUCCUCCCGACUGCUUUCGCCGAGCUGGAGCGCGCUCGAUCCUCUCUCCCUUUCCUUGUUCUCUUCGAUCACUCGUUCCCCCAUCGCGUCGCCUACCUCUCCCUCGUACCGUGUCUCUAUCUCCGUUCCUGGCCCCUUAUUGCUCGAGAUCCAGGCUGCGAGUUGGCGAGCGUUUCGCGAACACGCGUGCCAAUCGAGAAAUAGCGAACGAGCGACGCGAUGAGUCUGAUCCCGCCGGCGGCGAGACACACGCGAGACGACGAUACGGGUCCAAUUGAGGAGGCACCCGCGAGGUAUCUCUAUUGCUGAGGUCGAGACGUUCGUUAACUACGAGACGGGACAGUUAUAAUUCGCGAGAAGACAUUUUUCCCGUGUAUCGAUGCGAGGAGAAUGAUGUACAUGAAGACAUCCGAAGUACAUCUCGAAGUAACGGAGAGGAAUAGCGGGAGAUGCGUCCGCGAAUGCGGAAUCGAAGACUGGUAAUCGUUUCCGUCAUUAUCGCGACCAGCGAGGAGACACUUGAGCGGACUCGCGAAACAGAAAUGUGCUCGAGGAGAAGAGGAAAAAGGAACAUUGCGAGAGGAAAGAUAGAGUGCCGGAGAUAUGGUACCAGUCCUCGUACGCCGGUCUAGCAUCUAUCGACCGUUCCAAUUGACGAGAGAAGGCUCGAGCGCGUCUGUCUCUCAUUAGCUUCUGCUCGAGAAAGACUCGAGGCUGGUUCUCGCCGCAGAAAUUCGCCCGCUGGAGACAAAUGCCAUUCGACGAGCCAUCCCACGAGCCGUUCCAGGAAAGUCGCCGAGUCUCCAAGCUCCAGAGGCGCAAUCAAGAGCGUAUGUCACGGAGAGAGGCAUUUAAUACGCUUAUACUACCCGCAGAAGGGUUUCUACGGAGAGAACAAAAACCCUCCAGUGCCCCGAAGCGUCGCCUUAUUAGCUUUUGCGAGAGGACGACCGGCGGCCGCCAAGAGGGACGUAAUAUAACAAGAAGGGAGAGAGAAGGAAGGAGACUCCGUCGGCGCGCCUUCUAGAUUAGAAGGUCUCGCCACGACGAUUAUUACCGUCGGGUCCCUCUCUCCACCAGAACCAGUACCCUAUAGAAAAGCGCGUCACUCGGAGGAAAAGAAGCGCCGGUAGAAAGCCGAUCUUAACAGCCACCACCGUCGUCGUCGGUCGGGUCCGGAUGUUGGUGCCCGUUCGUCGUCGUCGGUCGCGCAAGAAGAAGAAGAGGCAUGUCGAGCUUGGCGCGGAGGAGACACACGGCGUUGCUCGGCUCGAAGCGAUGGUGGCAAGGCGGCUGCUGGGCGACCAGGAGCCACCAGGAGGCGUACCUGCGCAAGCUCUACGGCCGGAAGAACAAUGUCAGGAGCGAUGAUCAGGGCGACGGGGAUGUCGUCGCGGCGGAAUCCGCCAGGGGCAUCGACGCGCCCUGGGCGACGUCCAGCAUCGCCUACGACCUGCCGUUCGUCGCCACCGCCCCCGCCACCGACGAGCACUACCUGGACGCGUUUCUGCGGGGUCGCAGCGUCGCCGCGAACGACGUCGUCGUCGACGACGUCGUCGCCGCGGUGGUCGGCUGCCCGGACCUGGCGGCGUCGCGCGCCAGCCCGACGGAGAAGUGCGUGGAGUUCCUGAAGGGCGCGCAUCCCGACGACGGGACCGGCGCUUUCGAUCGUCGCGCCGCGCCAGAUUCCGAAUGCGGCCGCGUAGCCGACUGCGGUCCGGCUUACGACGUCGCCGGUUGUUCGGAGAAGGUGUGCAGGAGCUGCAGGUGCCCACGAGAGGAGCAUCAGCGGUCCUCUACGGUCGAGGCGGGUCCCUCGGAGCUCGGCCUGGGCCCGGGCCCGCCGAUGGCGAUGGCCAUGGCGUUCCCGAGCGGCGCCGGCGGUGCGCCACACCAGGAGCCGUUCAAGAGCCCGGUGCAAGCCGCGCCGGCCGGCCUGGCGUUGCAGGAGGCCCUGAUGCAGCAUCACCAGAGGCACUCGCAGAGCGACGACGACAGCGGUUGCGCGCUCGAGGAGUACACGUGGGUGCCGCCUGGGCUGAGGCCCGAUCAGGUGCACCUGUACUUCAGUGCUCUACCGGAGGACAAGAUCCCGUACGCGGGUAGCGCCGGCGAGCGCGAGCGGGUGAAGCAGUUGCUGCAGCAGCUACCUCCCCACGACAACGAGGCGCGUUACUGCAGCGGCCUGACCGAGGAGGAGAAGCGCGAGCUACGCGUGUUCGCGGCGCAGCGGAAGCGCGAGGCCCUCGGACGCGGACACGCGAGCCAGCUGGAGCGGCCGCACGGCGCCGGGUGCCGCGAGUGCGGGCGCGCGAUCGCGGCCGGCGAGAUGGCCGUGGCGGCGAGCCGGGCCGGCCCGGCCGCUCUCUGGCAUCCCGCCUGCUUCGUCUGCUGCGUGUGCCGCCAGUUGCUCGUCGAUCUUAUCUACUUCUGGCGGGACGGCCGUCUGUACUGCGGCCGUCACCACGCCGAGACCCUCAAGCCCCGAUGCUGCGCCUGCGACGAGAUCAUCCUCGCCGACGAGUGCACCGAGGCGGAGGGCCGAGCGUGGCACAUGCGGCACUUUGCUUGCCUCGAGUGCGAUCGACAGCUCGGUGGUCAGCGGUAUGUGAUGCGGGAAGGUCGGCCGUACUGUCUCAGGUGCUUCGACGCCUCCUUCGCGGAAUACUGCGACAGCUGCGGCGAGCCGAUCGGCGUCGACCAGGGCCAAAUGUCGCACGAGGGUCAGCACUGGCACGCGACCGAGGCCUGCUUCUGCUGCGCCACUUGCCGCGCCUCCCUCCUAGGUCGGCCGUUCCUGCCGCGACGUGGUGCCAUUUACUGCAGCAUAGCGUGCAGCAAGGGGGAACCGCCGACGACACCGAGCGACUCCUCCGCCGGGCCGCCCCCGCCCCCGCCGUCCUUCCUCAGGAGCGGUAGAAGGCAAACGGUGGCUACGAGCGAAGGUUCGUCGAGUCCACCGCCUCCGCCUCCGCUUCCUCCAGGUUCGAGGCAUACCUUAGGAUCUCCUAGAAACUCGCCUCGAAUGACUAGAAGGCAUCAACAAGUUUCCGCUUCCUUGGCGACGACACCGACCCAAAACAUCCUGAGUCCCGAAUUUGCCGCGGAAGGACUUACAUCCAGCGGCUCCAGGCCCAGUGGCCUCGACAGGGUACUACUGGAGCGAAAUCUCGAGAGAUUAUUACAGGAACGCGGCUCUCAUCCCGAGGAAAAUCGCAAUGAGUUGGGAAGGUUGAUGCAAGCGCGGGAUCGAGAACCCCUCAGAUGUAUCCAGAAUUGCUCGCCUUCCCACGCGUCGAGCAUGCCGGAAUUGCCGCCACCCCCGCGGCCGUCGUCGGGAGCGUCGGUUUCGGCGUCGACAUCGACCGGCGGCGCGGCGUCCGCCGGCGUACUGGCGCAAGAAUCAGCGACGUCUCCGGUCAAUCCCGGGAUCGCAGCCAGCCAGACGGAUCCACCGACGCCGACGUCGCGACGCGUGCGAUUCCAAGGGGAUUUGGAUGUCAACGAUCAGGGCGCAACGUCGCGCGUCCCUCUCUCGCCGAUGAACGACCGAAACUCGUCGUCGUCGCCCUCGCCGCCGCCCAUGUCAUUGUCGAGAACGAAUGUAUCUCGAUCGAGGAGUCUGCAGCCCGACGAAGUCGCCAGCACGUCUACCUGGGGUACAGCUGGCACAUCUAGGUCGAGGAUAGACGGCGAGGAUGACGAUGUCGAGAGCUGCUGCUCGACAUGCAGCUCGUCCAGCAGUUCGGACGAGGCUGCGGCCUACGCACUGCCACCUCGACGAGCUUACGGCGGCGUCAGAAUCUCUUACGUGCCGAACGACGCAGUGGCGUGCGCGCGGAAACGCGCGCCCGCGUCCUCAUCGUCGUCGAAUCAGGCUCAGAGGGACACCGAAAAAUGCGUCGUGUCUUGAUGACUCCUUCUAUGCUUCACGAGUUUCAAAAUCGUGCCUCGUGAUCAUUUGGGGAGAAGAGGAACGAUACCAGAGGAAGAGUUCCUAAAGUCCGGACGCACUUUUCAACAUCCUUCUGUGACAUACGCCAAGUACGCGUGGUGCUUCCUGCGCGAAGCACGCGUGCGCGACAACGUGAAAACAAUACUCAUUUAAUUUAUGUAAAUAUUGCGAGCUCUCUUCCGGGACGAUCGCUGCCACGUUCCAGCGGACGCGCCCGUCCCUUUAUUUUUAAUACCCCAUUAAUGUAUUUGAUAAUAAUAACGACGACAAAAUAAUCCUGCUUGUUCCACUGUCAUCGACAUUACCCUCCGCGAAACAAAAGUACGACGAAGGCAUGCGCAGUUUAUUGGCUGUAAUAGCCCGUGAUCUUUCCCCGCAACCGAUCAUUUUCAUGCAAGAUCCGAGCUAUUUAGCGUGAGUAUACCUCCUGAUUAUACGCUAUUAUUCUCUCGAAGCUAUGUUCAACGGUUUGUUAUUUUUCGUGCGAUAAACAUUUCGAUUAUUACUUUUAUUUAAGGAAGAUCUGGACGAAUCAAGCAC